ACCUAUAUUAACCUUCCACGGCAGGGCAGAAAUGCAGAAAGGAGAGAGAGAGAAGAAGACACUGCCUAGAAGACCAAGGGUGGGCGUUGUCUCAGAUGCUGCUGAAAAGCCGCGGACUGCUAUGAAAAGAGAGAAAAAGGAGAGAUGGGGGAUGAGAGAGUGAGAGAAAAGGUAGCGAGCGUAAGAGGUGUAUAGAGAUGAAAGAGAGAGCGGACGGUGUGGCAGGUAAAUAAAAAGGCACAGCCAGUAUGAGCUGGGUAGGUACGAUAUAGUAGUAUGCCUACCUGCCUCUGUAUCUCAGGUUACCUGGCACUGUUGGCACUGUUGGCACUGUUGGCACUGUUAGGCAUAUCGCACCGCGUACAGCAGUGUAGCGCACUGUGGGGCAUUGUGUCAACGGGCAUCGUCAAGCCAUCCAUCGUACUCAUAAGUAGGUAUUGGAAAAGAGCAUGGGCAGCGUAGCGUAUCAUAGGCUUAUUUGAAGCAAGGGGACAUUCCGAGCUGGUGCUUCUGAAACAGGGUGCUGCUCAGUUUCAAGAACCGCUUGCUGUUGCCAAUAAGCGAUGGCUAGCUACGAGUUGCACCAUGCCUUAAGUACC